UUCCGUCAUGACGUAUUUCCGGCUCUGCUUGGACAGCAAUAGGGAAUAGGUAGCAAUCCGUGUGCUCGUCUUUGUGUGAUCUUAUAAAAAUGUCGGUGAAGUUGAACGCUCUGUAUAGCGACUCCUAUGUUGACGUAAGCCAAUAUAGAGACCAACAUUUCAAGGGUAACAGAACGGAACAAGAGAAGCUACUCCGCGGGAGUAACACGCUGUACGUAGGGAACCUGUCUUUUUAUACUACAGAGGAACAGGUUCACGAACUCUUUGCCAAAAGUGGCGACGUCAAGAGAAUCAUUAUUGGACUUGACAAGGUGAAGAAAACCGCCUGCGGCUUUUGUUUUGUGGAGUACUACACUCGUGUAGACGCGGAAAACGCUAUGAGGUUCAUCAACGGCACGCGUCUGGACGACCGCAUCAUCCGCACUGACUGGGAUGCGGGGUUCAAGGAGGGCCGUCAGUAUGGCCGAGGGAAGUCUGGUGGUCAGGUCAGAGAUGAAUACAGACAAGACUAUGACCCAGCCCGGGGGGGCUAUGGAAAAGUGAUUCAUAAGUGACAAGCUGUGUUUCCCGCUGUGGCUAUAGGAAGCUAACACACCUGCAAAGGGCUCCAGAGGGCCGGCACACAUUUUAAUACGGAAAUUUGGAAGUUCCUAGGCAAGGUGUGGGAAUGGGUGGACACAGACAGCAAGCGGGGGGGGGGGGGUUUAUUAAAUGAUUCUUAAAUUAGGUUUUGACAUCUUGACUAGUCCAGAGGCACAGUACUGUUCUGAAGAGCCUCUAAAGCCAAAGACCAUCCUGGGCAGCUACACACAUCUCCUGUAGGGACUGGGUUAGGGUUAGGGGGGUAGACCUGGCUGUGAGGAGAUGGCUCUCUAGUGAUAGGGUGACCCUUAAUCCAGACCUGUCUGCAUGUGAAGGGCUCUUCAGGAUGUGACUUUUUCUACAGUAGGAAGCAGACAUCAGCAAAGUACAGCCCUGAUUGCUAUGUUUUUUUUCUGUACAUAAAUACUUUUUUUUUUAUAUAUAAAUAAAAACAUUGUUUUAAUGUUGA